AGAAAAUAAUAGCACAGCUUACCCGCGCAGUAGCUAUGCCAUUCAUUUCACAGGCUCCAGGACCCACGAUUACACUAGCGAUGGGGAACUUCCUGUCGUUUUUCACUCUGUAUUAACAAACUUUUACAGAUUGUUUUUUGUUUGUUUGUUUUUUUAUGUAGACGGCUUUGGAGGAUCACGUGCAUGAGGUGGAAAAGAAGGUCGCUUGCUGUCACACUCUCGAGAACCUGAACGUUUUCGGCAUCCGAUUAUCUUUUCUGUCAGUUCUGGAGAAAACUUCAAACACAGUCUGGAGGGACUGAAGAUUUAGCAUACAAAAACAAAACAAAACAAAAUAAAUAAUGAUGUUGGAUGAAAUGACGAUGUUGCCGCAGAGACCGCCUAAGCGGCGCUGGUUAAACGUGGACACCUACGAGGAAAAGACGAACCUGCGCGUCUCGAAGCGUGAAUGUUUGCGGGGCCGCUUUAACAGGACCAUGUGCAGGAGCGCAGGGAGAGUGCGGGAGGGCAACGUGAACAGCGAACAGCAAUGCAAGCGGCAGCUGGAGUUUCUGAAGCGGAGGCAGCUGCCAGUAACGACUCCCCCGAGCAGCGAGGUCGAAGAGGCGAACAACUGCGAGCCAAAGCCGACUUUACGGUCAGCUAAGGUUCAGAGACCAGACGCGGCUAUGAACAGGCGGUCGGUGGUGAUGUCACAUGACCUAGGAAUUACCUGGCCGGAGUUCCCUGUUGAUAAGGCUCCCUGGCUGAGUAAAGGGACGCUAUACAAGAGCACGCAGCCGCCUGGACUGCUGGGUAAUCAGCUGCCUGGAGGCCCUGCCCGCUCCUCUGGACGGCUGCAACACGAGACCUUCAAAAAGGAUGGAACCGUGAGAAGAGACCGCGGAACUCAGACCUCCGAGGACGUAAAGCAGGAUUCGAGUGUGCAAACCGAGAGUGGUGUAACUGCUGUCAUGGAAAAGGAAGUUCUCGAGCUUUCUGCCUACUUACAGGAGGCUCUUCGACGUGAACAGGCUCUUAAGCACAAGCUUUCUAUCCUGCAACAGCUGAUGUCCUCCUUGCUGUGCUCCUCAGAUAAACUGUGGACGGCUCGGUACAAUGAAGAUCUUAUGAAAUGCAAAAUUGGGUCUCUAGAAUCACAGCUGCAAGUGUGCAUGCAGGGCGGCACGAAGAAGGGGAUCAUUGAGAUGGGGGAGCAGAAGCUGAGGCUCGAGGAGAAAGCCAAGGAGUCUCUGAAGAGAGUGCUGAUGGAGAAGAGCGUGGCCGAGGAGAAGGUGCAGAGCCUGCAGAGGGCUCAGCUGGCUUUGCAGCAGGAGAACUCCCAGCUGAAGGAUUCUUAUGAGAAGGUGAAGGAGAGCUGGGCCGAGCUCAAGAGUAAACACACGCAGAGCGUGGACCAGCUGCAUGUCCUGCAGAGCAAGCUCGAGAGAGCGGAGAGCCGGGAGGUCGCGCUCCAGGCCAGGAUGGAGGGGCUGCAGCAGGACCGGGAUGAGCUGGCGUCCCGAAUCGACAUGCUGGAGGAGGACCAGCACCUGAAGAGAGAGCAGCUCGGCACCCUGACAGAAAAACUGAAGAGUCUUGAAGAUCAGAAAGCAACACAGGAUGUCACGGGUACCAGUGUGUGGAACAUAAAUUCACAGCCGUUUCACACAGGGGACAGAUUCUCGAUGGACCAGGCUGGCCAGGGGGACACGAAGCUGAGGCACCAACUGCUGGAAAUUGAGUCAAAGCUGGGGGCGAAAGAGACAGAAUGCUCAGAGCUGCGCGGGGAGCUGGGAAACCUGGAGGACGAGUACCAGUCGUGCCAGUCGAAGCUGCGGCAGUGCAGGGAGGAAUUAAACCGCUUUCAGGGAAGGAGAAGCCAGACGCGACGCAGCAAAUGGAUCUGCCUGUCUGUGCUGCUGGUUGUCGUGGCGAUCGCAGCCUCUGCCUUUUACCCAGACCUUUACGAGCACAUGAACCUCCUCUUUAGAUUGUUAGAGAGACGAUUAAACCAGUAUUUAAACUGA